AUGGGCGCGUGUUGUUCGAAACCGGUCGAAGAAGACACCCCGGAAGUCAUCGCAGAACGGAGAGAGCAGAUGUUAAAAGCGGCUGAAUUGAGACAGAAACAAAGCGAAAAUCGAGGCGUGAAAACGCAAAAGAUGAAGACAAAGUUGAAGACAGCGCAACAACAACAAAGCAGAAAAGGAGGAGGAGGAUUAAACGAAGGCGAGAAGAGAAGAGCGGAGGGUGUGGUGGCCGAUUGGAACUCUUAG